CGCGCGCUCCCGCCGACAGGGGGCGCCGCGGUCCACGGACCCGGAAGUGGGCCGCUCCGCCCGGGACCCGCCGCCGGGGCAGCGUCCAGCCCGCCAAGCCAUGGGGCCGCUGCGCUGGCUGCCGCUGCUCGGCCAGCUGCUGCUGCUGCUGCGGCCGCCGGCGGCCCGGUCGGCCGGCCCCAUCCAGGCCUUCGUGGUGCCCCACAGCCAUAUGGACGUGGGCUGGGUCUACACUGUCCAGGAAAGCAUGCGGUCCUAUGCAGCCAAUGUUUACACCACUGUGGUGGCCGAACUGACCCGUGGGCGGCAACGCCGCUUCAUCGCUGUGGAGCAAGAAUUCUUCCGGCUGUGGUGGGAUGGUGUGGCCUCUGAGCAGCAGAAACACCAGGUUCGCCAGCUCCUGGAUGAAGGACGCCUGGAGUUUGUUCUCGGAGGGCAGGUCAUGCAUGAUGAGGCUGUGACCCACCUGGAUGACCAGAUCCUACAGCUCACAGAAGGACACGGCUUUCUCUAUGAAACAUUUGGGAUCCGGCCACAGUUCUCCUGGCACGUGGACCCCUUUGGUGCCUCGGCGACAACCCCGACCCUGUUUGCCCUGGCAGGCUUCAAUGCCCAUCUCAUCUCCCGGAUUGACUACGACCUCAAGGAUGCCAUGCAGGAAGCCCAGGGGCUGCAGUUUGUGUGGCACGGGUCCCCAUCCCUGUCAGAGCAGCAGGAAAUCUUCACUCACAUCAUGGACUUUUACAGCUACUGCUCACCCUCACACAUCCCCUUCUCUAACAGGUCUGGAUUUUACUGGAAUGGUGUGGCCGUCUUCCCGGAUCCACCCCCAGAUGGCGUGUAUCCCAACAUGAGUGAGCCGGUCACCCCAGCCAACAUCCACCUCUACGCUGAAACUCUGGUGACCAAUAUUAAACAGAGAGCCACGUGGUUCCGGACUCCCCAUGUCCUCUGGCCCUGGGGAUGUGACAAGCAGUUUUUCAACGCCUCAGUGCAGUUUGACAACAUGGACCCCCUGCUGGAGUACAUCAACAACCACUCUGCCCAGUAUGGCAUCUCGGUGCAGUACGCCACACUGAGCGAGUACUUCCAAGCCCUGCAUGCCUUCAACAUGACCUGGGGCAUCCGUGACCACCAUGACUUCCUUCCCUACUCUUCAGAACCACAGCAGGCCUGGACCGGCUUCUACACAUCCCGCAGCACCCUGAAGGGGCUAGCAAGGCAAGCCAGUGCCAUGCUGUAUGCUGGGGAGUCCAUGUUCACACGCUACAUGUGGCCAGAGCCCCAUGGGACUAUGGACCCUACGUGGGCCCUGCAGCAGCUCCAACAGCUUCGCUGGGCUGUGUCUGAGGUCCAGCACCACGAUGCCAUCACAGGCACUGAGUCCCCCAAGGUGAGCAACAUGUACACGGAACAUCUAAGAAUAGGGAUGCUGGGCGUACGCAAGCUGAUGGCCUCCAUCGCCCUGGACAGAUCCCCAGUGUCUGGCAAAGACACAGGCCCUGAGGGAUACUUUGUCUCUGUGUACAACCCGCUGGCCUGGAAGGUCACCACCAUUAUCACCCUGACUGUCGCUUUCCCCCACGUAAGCGUCACCGAUGAGCUGCGCCACCCAGUGUCAGCACAGAUCCAGAACUCUACGAAGGACCCUUCUGCCUAUGACCUGCUUAUCCUGACCACCAUCCCAGGCCUCAGCUACCGGCACUACCAAGUCAGGCGCACCCGUGGGGACCGGGCACACACCAGGGAACUGGUCGUCCCUACGGCCAGCACCCUCAAGUUUAGUCUCAAGCUAAGGAACCAGACCAGCCAGGAAGGCAGGCCCCUGGUGCCUGUGACAAAUGACUGCUAUACUUUGCUGUUCAACCAGGAUACCAACAUGUUACAUAGUAUUCAGGAGAGACAGAGCAACCACACAGUGCGCAUGACCCAGGAGUUCCUGGAGUACCAGGCCAACGGAGAUGUGAAGCAGGGCCCCGUUUCUGACAACUACCAGUUUGCACCCAACCAUACCGCUAAGCCUGCCUGGGAAGCAGUGGGGAUGGAGAUGGUGGCGGGCCCACUGGCAACCGAAAUAAGGCAAUACUUCUACAGGAAUAUAACAGACCAGGAUUACACCUAUGCAAUCCACUCCCGUCUGGCCCAUGUGCAUCCAAGCCCCACUGGGGAGCUGCUCUGCCAACGGAUAGAGCAGCAGUACCGAGUGGGCCCCCUGGAGCUGAACCGUGAGGCCAUCCUGAGGACCAGCAGCGACCUAGACACCCAGCAAGUCCUCUACUCUGACAACAACGGUUACCAGAUACAGCAGAGGCCCUACAAGGCUUUCAAGAGCAAUCUUAUCGCCCGGAAUUACUACCCCAUGGUACAGUCGGCCUUCAUCGAAGAUGACAAGAGCAGGCUGGUGUUGCUGGCGGAGCGAGCACAUGGUGUCUCCAGCCAAGAGAACGGGCAGGUGGAGGUAAUGCUCCAUCGGCGGCUGUGGAACAACAUGGCCUGGAACCUGCAAUACAACCUCACGCUGAAUGACACCUCCGUCGUGCACCCGGAGCUCUGGCUUCUGCUGGGGCCUAAACCCAUCAUGAGUGCCCUGCGCCCGAGGAGUGGGGUAGCACUGCAGCACAAGCCUGUCGUGUUGUUCAGAGAGCUGACGGAUGAAGAAGCCCCCGUCCACGGACCCCAGAACCCCCAGGCUGUGACAUUGCCCCCCAACCUUCAUCUGCAGAUCCUCAGCAUACCUGGUUGGAAUUACAGCAGGAGCCAUGCUCAGCACCUGAAGAACCUUCGGAGAGGCCACCCAGAGAAGCCCCGGGCCAACCUGCGGCGUGUGCUGCUGCGCCUGCACCACCUGUAUGAAGCAGGGGAGGACCCAGUGCUCUCUCGGCCUGUGACGAUGGAUCUCAGGGUUGUACUUGGAGGAUUAGGGUCCAUAGUAGCUGUGGAGGAACGUUCACUCACGGGGACCUGGAACAUGCAGAUGCUGAAGCGCUGGCACUGGAGGACAAAGACUGGCCACCCCAGAGGCCGCCCCGCCUCCCUACCAGCGUCACCAGGAGACUCCAUCAUCACUGUGUAUCCCAAGGAAAUCCGGACUUUCUUCCUUCACUUCCAGCAGUGACACCCAGGCUGUUGGUCCCAGGGCCAAGGAACUGGAAUUCCCUUCCUCCCUCCCUCCAAAAAACCAAACCAAAACAAAACAAAAACACUGAAGAGAGACUGAGAAGGAGAAGCAGGCUGCUCACACGACAGCUGUGUGGCAGAGAGUGGCCAUGUGGAGAGAGGGGUCUCUCAUUUUUUUUUUUUUUUUAAUAAAAAAUUAAGGUCUGGGCUCUUCCCAUGUCUAAGCCAGCUCUUCCCUCUCUUUCUCACAUGCGUGACCCCUCCCUUCCUUUCUUUUCCUUCCCUCCCCCCCCCCCCCCCCUCAGUUUUUGAAAGGACCCUUUAUUUUUCCAAAGUUAACAUGAAUGAAUUGUAGAAAACUGAAAGACACCAAGAGGAAGGUCAGCCGACCACACAGCUCACAGCAGAUCUUCAGGACCUGUGUCCGAACACGGCAGCGUGCCACAAUAUGUGCCUGAGAUGUACGGUGUGUGCCUGUCACAUUUCCCAUACCUUUAUUGAACCUAAACCCCAUUUUGUGAAUAUUUUGAUGAUCAAGAAUACACUUCACUAACUCCAACUAUUUUAAAGAAAAACAUCUGGCUUCAGACCUUGCAUACACCAAAAGAUCUAGAUACUGUACUGGCGGAGUUGGGAUGCCCUCAUGCUCUUCUUAGGCACAGAGUAAACGGUGUGGUGUUAUUCAGAGUGUCCAGUAUCAUGUUCAUACUGUUAACAAUGCUGCUGUGGGGGCAAUCAAUAUCCCAAGGGGGGCAGCAUGAACAACCCCGGUCCCAAAGAGCAACUGUCUUGGGAUCACAAAACCACCAAGCUUUCUGAAGCUUCUGCUCCCCUGUUGUGCACCUGAGAUGCCAAUAAAGACGGAUUUCCUGUUGUGUGCACAGUAGGGCUCAGCAAACUGCAACAGACAGCAAAGGCUGCAGAUGGAAAAGGACUUCCAGACAUGGGCUGGUGGGUAGAGUCUGUCCCUCUUCUGCCGACCCGGGGACAUGCACGCACCUGUGAUAUUUAUGGCAUCUUAACUUAGGUCCACUGGUGAUUUUUGCAAAGUGCCCCUUGUGGUUAUUAACAAAGUGCUCCCUUGCUGCACUGGUCACCAUGGCAGUCUCUAGCAUCUAGGAAAUGAGAUGCUGUGAACUAAGACCUGACUGUCCCUUAUAUCUAGUAUGUACAGGUACCACUCGGUGACACAGGGACACCACUCCUGUUCUUGCCUCAUUGAAAACCCCCACAUAGCACUCUACAUACCUCCUCCAAAACCUGUGUGUGAAUCAACAGUGUGUGUGCUUCAUAAAAGGGGUUUAGCCACCCUCCCACCAAAUAACAUUUCACUAGAACUUCAAUAAAGUGACAUCUACAAAA